UCUGCCGCCGAGAGAAGCGUCGGCGCGCUCGAUGUCACCGCACGGAACCUGCCCCGCCUCCGCCGGGACACUCCGGACACUGUGUCCAACGCUUCCUCGUCCGGUCGCUGGGGCCGCCGAUGAACCGGUCGACGAGGAAGACACCGAUUCGUGUCAUUCGACGUCGCCCCGACGCUGAGAUCCACCCUUCUCGACGCGCUGAGUGCUGCUAGAUUCGGUGUGCUGUUUUAUUCCACUUUUUUUUUUUUUCUCGAUUGUCGAAGACGCGUUCCCGUGAUCUCCGACCUGUCCUGUGAGGGCCGUGUCAGUCCUCGCCGACUUGAAACUGACAGGCAGAGCUGAGCGUGCCAAGUUGGGAAGAGUUUCGUCGUUUCGGUGGAUCGACGCAUCGUGACUUGUGCCGGUGUCGUUGUGACCUAUAGAGUCCUUCUUUGCACUCUUGGGUGUGCGUCGUCGUCGUUUUGUGUGCCGAAACACCGGCUGGACCCGUUCAGUGCGAAACAUACUCUUCGGCAUAGUCGCGACCAUGUGUUUUGUGUUUGUUCACUUACCUCAGCAAUAGCGCGAACUGUUUUUUAAUUCGGUUUAAGACGAAUAAUAGCGUCUGCUGCAUCGUGAGCGGAAUUGAUAUAUUGUGUUUUGAAGACCUGCCAAGACCUGAGUUCGUCGAACUGUAGUCACCCGUCUUCGAGAUUCAAAAGGGCGAGAUAUACGACGCCUUCGUUCGUCGACUUCACCGAGUGAUUCGACUCGUGCGACGUGGAGGACGUUGUCUUACUUCGUACCCUUUUUUUUAUCUAUAUUUUUAUUCUUCUUUGGAUUGAGAUCCUCAGCAGCUGUGCGUCGAGCCCGGAAAAGCCCAUUUGACAGCGACGCAUCGGUGUCUGUGAUUCAUCCAUCGACUGGCGUUGAUAUUGUCUGAGUAAUCCUCCAACGUCGCUACAUUUGUAUCUUACGUCGAAGUUGUGUCCACGUCUUCCGCUACGUCGUAUCUCCUUCCACUACACCUGUGUCUGCCUCGACUUGAAACACGUCACGACGUACCGAGUCUUAUUUCUUUUCUUUCCUUAAUAUGGUUUUUAUCUUCUCUCGAGGUAUUACUUACUCUCGAGUUUGUUCCUCGUCGCAGGGGUGGUGUGUUUAACACGCUUUAAAAGCUCGUCCGACAUGAAAUCCGUCGCCGGUUUCCGGAUGGGUCCACUAACCACGGCGGCGUCUCCGAACGCGAAGACAUCAACGUCUAUUCGGACGACGUUAGCGAUAAGCGAGCGGAGAUUACUGCGGUCACUUCCGUGUGCUCCGUAAGUCGUGCGCAGGUCUUCAAAACAGAAGGAAAAGAAGAAACGCCUCGGUGUAUCUAUUCUAACAUCGGGGGAAAAAAAAAGCUUGUUAGGAAACAAAAAAACUACGACCUCGCUCUUAUCUACCACGGUCACAAUCUGAAACUGUCGAAUCGACCGGCCGCGUUCGUCGACGACGUCGUCAAAACUGUUUUUGCGACGCGACAGGCUUUACGGCAUCGGCGAGUUCCGCUGCUUCUUCUAAAGGUCAGAGCGGUCUUGCGGUGGACCGCACACGCCGCGCCAUCGAUUUUGAGUGGGAACCGUCUCUCUCGUGUUGUUCCGCUGUUCGUCGUGAUCUUCGUCGCUCCGAGCCUCGUGGGGAAAUCCCGAACAAAAAACAGUGUCCGUCGUCAUGGAGGCGUUCAAGCGACGACACCUCUCCGUGCGCGAGGGGCUUGCCAAGAAAGGUUCUGCCCCCAAGAGGAGGUUUUCUGUCUGCUUCGGCAAGCGGUCGGGAGGCACGGGUCGCCGCAUGAACGAAUGUCUCAUCUUGGAGCCCUCCGAGAUGGUGGUGAUUGACUACCCGGACUGCGAGCUGCUGCGGCCUGGGCAGCGGCAGUCGUGCACUACCAUGAACUUGGAGCGGCUGCUCGCCCUGGAGCCGGACGAGGUGGCCGUGGAGACCAGGCUUCCUCACCACCACCACCUGCAGCAACUUCCGUUGGACUGUCAGCAGACGGCACUGCACAGGGAAGGGCUGCUCAAGUCCAACCGGAGUUCCCGCAGCAGCGACACGUCGUCUGCGUACUCCGGGUCGGACACCAUGCAGUCCGUCCAGUCUUCCCUGGAGGACAACGAGGUGGACUUUACAGGGUUGGUUGAGAGCGCGGUGGACUCCGACGAGGAGGAGGACCUAGCAGAGUCUAUAGAUAGCCUGACAGUAAGGGACACAUAUCACGAGUGCCUCGAGAAGGAUCCGAAUGAUCGGACAGAAGACGACAUCGAGACCCUCCUGGAAUUUAUGCAGCCCUUACCGGCGUUUGCCAACAUGACCCUCUCGGUGCGGAGAGAGCUGUGUGCGGUGAUGGUGUUUGCUGUGGUGGAGAAGGCCGGCACAGUGGUGAUGAACGACGGCGAGGAGCUGGACUCGUGGUCAGUGAUCGUCAACGGUCAGGUGGAGGUGGAGCUUCCCGACGGAACAGUUCGGGAGCUCGCCAUGGGAGACAGUUUCGGCAUCACACCCACAACGGAGAAGAUGCACCACCAGGGCACGAUGCGGACAAAGCUGGACGACUGCCAGUUCGUCUGCAUCGCCCAGGGGGACUACUACCGCAUCUUGCAUCGCAGCGAAGAGAACACAUGCAAGCACGAGGAGGACGGGCGUGUCGUCCUGGUCACCGAGCACCGGACUGUCGACUCCGGCAGCCGGGAGGGUCACAUUGUCAUACGGGGGACACCGGAACGCCUGCUUUCGCAGUUGUUUGAGGAGAAUGCCCUGGAUCCUGGUUACAUUGAGGACUUCCUACUCACCUAUCGCACAUUCAUUCCAAGCUCACACGUGGUCUGCACCAAACUGCUUUCCUGGUUCAAGGAUCCAGCAUUACGGGAUAAGGUCACAAGGGUCGUCCUCCUCUGGGUGAACAAUCACUUCACCGACUUUGAAACAGACUCCGAGAUGAUGGAGUUUCUGGAGCAGUUCGAACAAUGCCUCGAGGCUCAGAAGAUGCACGCUCAGCUGCGGUUGCUGAACAUUGCCUGUGCCACGAAGGCGAGGACGCGGGUGGUCACUCUUGCGCGGUCUUCGCGGGACGACCUCCUUCCGUUCUCGAUCCUCGGCGGUUACGAGACCGGCAACGCCAUCUUUGUGGCCAAGGUCGACAAAGCAAACUCCAAGGCAGAAGAUGGCUGGCUCAAGCGAGGCGACGAGAUCUUGGAAGUGAAUGGCCAAAGCUUUGCAACCAUGUCGCACACUCAAGCCCUGGAGAUUCUCAGGAAAGCAACGCAUCUUUGCAUCACUGUCAGGUCAAACCUUCUUGAGUUCAAAGAGAUGUUGAACAACCCGGAGAAGGCGAUGCGUCCCCGGGGCCGCAAGAGCUCGGAGUUCUCGCGUCUCCAGCCGGACUCUCGCCUUCGGCUGUCCUCGCACCUGGAGUGGGGGGACGUGGUUGGACUCCCCCUGGGUGUCGGAGGACUCCCCCUAGGGGUCGGCUGGAGCCCUCAUCCGGGCACCGCACCCGCCGGAGCGUCACCCGCAAUCGGAACGGGCACGACCGCCGCACACGCGCCGGGCGCGGUGACGACGGCGGUUGUGGUCACCGGGAACGGAGACUUGGCCAAGGAGGACAAGAAGGGCUUCAUGACGCUGGGGCACCGUGCCAAGCUGAAGAAGGCUCUGGCCAAGAUGAACAUCAUCCCCAAGACGCUGAACAGUGAGUCACAGCUGAACAGCUCGGACGACAGCCUGUACUCGACGCACAGCGGCUCCAGCGUGGGCUCGGGGGGCGGCGUGCGGGUGGGCCGCAGCGGGUCGUCUCCCGCGCAUGGGGUGGGUAACGGGGGCCAGCUCUACCACAGCCACAGUAACCCAGACCUGAGCUCGCUCCUCGUGACCCACUGCGGCGAUGCCGAAGGACCCACCCGGGACUUCCCCGAGCACGUGCUCAAGGUGUACAAGUCGGACCAAACCUGCAAGUACCUGCUCGUGCACAGGGAGACAACAGCUCGAGAAGUUGUGAUGCUGGCCCUUCGGGAGUUUGGUAUCAGCGACUCUAGCAGCCUGUACUCCCUCUGUGAGGUGUCUGUCGGCGAGGGAGGCCUGAUCAAGCAACGCCGUCUGCCCGAACAAAUGCAGCACCUGGCGGAGAAGAUUGGCCUCAACAGCCGAUAUUACCUCAAGAACAACUCCUCCACCGACCCCUUAGUACCUGACGACCUGGCUUCCGAGCUUCUGCGGGAGAGCCAGGUCAACUUCCUGCAGUUGAACAGUGUGGAGGUUGCAACCCAGCUGACCCUGGAGGACUUCAGCAUUUUCCGCCAGAUUGAGCCCACCGAAUACAUAGACGACCUGUUCGAGGUCAAGUCUGCCUACGGCUCCCCGAUGCUCUCUCUCUUUGCCGAGCUUGUGAACAGGGAGAUGUUCUGGGUUGUUUCGGAAAUCUGCGGAGAGUCUAAUCCCAUUCGGCGGAUGAAGACUGUGAAGCAGUUUGUCAAGGUCGCAAGACAAUGCAAGGAAUGCAAAAACUUCAACUCCAUGUUUGCGAUCCUGAGCGGUCUGGGCCAUGGAGCCGUGUCCAGGCUCAGGUCCACCUGGGACAAGCUUCCGACCAAAUAUCAGAAGAUGUUCGAGGAUCUACAAGAAUUAAUGGAUCCUUCGCGGAACAUGUGUAAAUACAGGAAUCUCAUCAACAGUGAGCAGAUGAGGCCACCCAUUAUUCCCUUCUACCCCAUCGUCAAGAAAGACCUCACAUUCAUUCAUUUUGGAAACGACACCAUUGUGGACAAUCUGGUCAACUUUGAGAAGCUCAGGAUGAUUGCCAAGGAAGUUCGCCAACUCAUGAACAUGUGUUCAGUUCCUUACGACCUCUACACCAUGCUGGAGGCUGGAGGCAGCCCGCUGAAUCCCGCGCUGGCGUCGCUGAACAGCUUUGCGGCUGCGGCCGUGGCUGGUACGGGGGCGAGCGCCAUGCUGGCGCGCAGGCGCAAGCGCAGCACCGCCCAGCCGAGCCCCAAGAAGAUGUUUGAGGAGGCCCAGAUGGUGCGCAGGGUCAAGGCGUACCUGGCACACCUGCGCGUGGUCACCGACGAGACGCGUCUGCUCACCAUGUCCAUGGAGUGCGAGCCACACCCCGUUCCUCCAGCGAUCCCGGUGGUAGUGCCGACCAAUGUGCACCCUCAGCGCAAGCGGAAUCCUUCUCCACGCAAGCGGCACCCAUCGCCUACAUUGUCCACAGCAAGCAGCAACAGCAGCACCUCCGAAGGGAAAAAGUCCAUCAACUCCGCAGGCGGCGUCAAGUUUGGUACAGACUCCCCCCAGGCGAUGCGGAAGCUGCUUGCCCUGUCUGACCAGAGCAAGGUGCGGCCCCACCAGCCGCCCCGGCCCCCCGCGUCUCCGUCCCCCGGGAUCAAGCGGAGGGGCUCCACCACCCGGGAGCUGCCGUCCCAGGCCACGGCGGUGGCCGGCGCCACCUGCCACGGCCGGUCCCACUCGGACACCGGCUACGUCCAGCCCGUGGACUUGUCCGCCGAGAGCUCGAGCGUGACCAGCCUCAACAACCUGCCCCUGCGCAAGUCCCACGUGUCCGCAUGUUCGGUGACCUCUGCGGAUAGCGGCGUCGGAAGCUACCAUUCCUCUCACGACAGUGACUCCAGCCGUUGUUCCAUCGGCUACGACAGUCCCCAGCAGCGACGUCCCUCAGGCGGCGCCGCACCCCCGUCUCCUCCCUCUUCGAGAAGCCGCAAGAGCACGCCUCCUUUCCCUCACGCUGUCCCUGUCUUGCCGCCCCUUGCACCUGGGCAACUUCAAGGGCCCAUGUCUCCCUCUUGCGUGCUGAUGCCCCCCCCUCCCCCGCGAGAGCCCCCCCCAUGCCCCAAGGGGGGGGCCGCCGCGGCCCCCCCUCCGCCGAGGAGGCCCCCAGACUACAGCGUGGCUGCACAGAUGGCACGAAGCCGGCAGGCGCUCCGGCUGGCCAGGGCGCACUCCCACGAGGGGGUCUACGCCGGCGGAGUGGAAGCGCCCCUCCUGGCAGCGGACCAUCCGGAGGGAGAGGAGGAGGAGGAGGAAGAGGAAGAGGACGAGGACGAAACGCAAGUCUCUGCCGUCUGAUCUCUAGCGGAACAAGUUUGUCGUCUCCAAGGACUGCCACACCCGGGGGCACGGGUCACUAGUCUAUUGUACGAGGUUGAUCGGCACGCCGUCAAGGAAGUUGUGUGUGUAUAUGUGUGUGUGUACGUAUGCAAAGACACUGUAGUUUUGUACAGUGGGGAGCUAACCUCCCUCUCUUGUUUCUUGUUUUUUUUUUCAGUCUCCCCUUCCAUUUCUUCUCGCACACCGAGUGUGUAAAAAGGGGAGAGAGAAGAGCAUGCCCACACAAAAACCAAAGAUCUAGUGAUGUGUACAAAAAAAAAAAAGACAGUUUACAAAUGUAAUUAUUUGCUGCACCCAUUUAUGCAUAUGAGUACUAUAUAGAUACUAUGACAAUGUUGAGCGAACCGACAACGCUUCCACUCUACACACAUAAAUGCCGCUCCGACGACAGACCACCAUCGCACCCCUCAUUUUUUAUGUUCGCCCACGUGUCCCCUCGGCUGUGUGGGUGUACGAGCUUUGUACAUAGGGGUGGCUUGUUUGUGUACCAAAGGCAUGUUUUUAUUCUUUUUUUUUGUAAGCCUUUCUCAGCUGUGCUGGGAUUUGUCUUUGUCACGCACAAUCUUCCAAAGGUACACAAUUAGUUUCAUCUUUUUUUCUUCUCCCAAGAGUGUGCAUGUUUUCUUUGGGGCAGAGCCAGAAAACUCUAGCUUCAGUAAAAAGCUGUGCAUGUACCAGAUUUCUACGUAUAUAGAGAAAAUAAUAUAAAGCACACAUGCCCAUUUCUGAACGUGUUUUUAUCUUCUGCUUUGCAUGUGUCCUUUUUUUAGACUUAAAAAAUGUCUAUCUUUAUUACAAAGAAAAAAGAAGUAACCAAACUGGCAAGUUUUAGUUUCACCGUAGUUUCUUCUCAGAAAGUUCACUUUUAGCCUGGUUUCGGCCUCGGUGGCAUUAUUUGUGUCGUCCAAGGAAGCCUGGAUCCAAGUCCGCUCUUGCACUCGAAAAGGAGCUCGGAACAAUUUCCCAAUCAGUAUUAUUUUUACAUCAAAGCACCGUUAUUUAGUGAAGCUGUCCAACUAAAUUCUGCAUUUAGGAGCACAAUAGCGUGAUUGUAACCCACUGUGGUCUGUCUCGAGUUGUCCAGCAGAGUGCUUUUUGUCUACUUAAGUUUCAAGUUGUGUGGCUAGCGAAGAAAGAAGUGUCCGGUAUGUCAAGCGGUGUCAGCGUGCGAUCGCCGUGGUUGACGUCUGGUGAUGUGCGGGGGAUGUGUUUUUGUGUUGAGGUUGGCCACAUGUGUAGAAAAAAAGUCCCGUCGACUCGAAGGAAGCACUCCACUACGUCUAGUUUCUUGCCCGAGUGUCCUGUGGCGAAGUCUCUUUUGUAACAUCACCUUUCCGAGAUAUUUUUGUACUGCCAGACAAAGUCGUGCUGUGAAAGAGAGGGGUCGAGGAAAGAUCUGUUUGUAUAGUGGUCAUAUCAGAGAACUGUAAAUAAGACAAAUCCAUAAUAAAUAUGGAAACAUUCA